AUGGGUAUUUCUCGUGAUUCCCGUCACAAGCGCUCGGCUACCGGUGCGAAGAGAGCCUUCUACCGCAAGAAGAGGGCUUUCGAGAAGGGUCGCCAGCCCGCCAACACCCGUAUUGGCCCCAAGCGAAUCCACCUUGUCCGCACCCGUGGUGGUAACACCAAGUACCGUGCCCUCCGUCUCGACUCGGGUAACUUCUCCUGGGGCUCCGAAGGCAUCUCGCGCAAGACCCGUGUGAUCGUGGUCGUCUACCACCCGUCCAACAACGAACUGGUCCGCACCAACACCCUGACCAAGUCCGCCGUCGUCCAGAUCGACGCUGCUCCCUUCAGACAAUGGUACGAGGCUCACUACGGCCAGCCGCUGGGCCGGAGGCGCCAGCAGAAGGCUGGUGCCGAGACGACUGAGGGUGGGAAGAAGAGCAACAGCGUGCAGAAGAAGCAGGCUGCCCGGUUCGCCGCCCACGGCAAGGUCGAGCCCGCCCUGGAGAGACAGUUUGAGGCCGGUCGUCUGUACGCCAUCGUGUCGUCGCGCCCCGGCCAGAGCGGUCGUGUGGACGGGUACAUUCUGGAGGGUGAGGAGUUGGCAUUCUACCUGCGUGCGAUCAGGAAGUAA